AUGCCUGCUCCUGUACGCAGUUUGAUUGGCGUUGAAUACCGCGCGAAAAUUGUGCGGACGAAGAUAAGUAAAUCAAGUAAGUGGUCGCGAGUUUGCUCAGAUCAAACCGCAGAAACUGAUUGGUCAUUGAGCUCGAUCGGGCAGUCCAAUCAGAAAUGACGAAAUACAGUGGCAUGAAACUGGAUAAUCGUGCUAGGGCGGACGCUAGGCCAGAACCGACUUCCUCUGGAGAGCCUUGCUGUCCUUGGGAAUUCUUGUUUAUUGGUCAACAAUGCCAGUUCGUAAAACGAUGUAUUAGCCAGGUUUUUCAGGCGCGGGGAUGCAUUAGAGCAUGACAUGGGGAUCCAUACUGAACGUGGUGAAUACGCCCACGCAGCCAGUCCCCGCACCGCGAGAGGAAAAAGCGCGAUUCUCAGCACGGCCUCCCCACUGCAAACCGCAUCUAGACGAUGACCUCUGUGUAUCAACACUGGUGAGUUAGCUGGGAUGCAUUUAAAAUCCGAACUCCGCCAGAAGACAGACAGGACAAGGGUGAAGAAACGGGAGGGGUGGAUAAGAAAAGAUCGCGCACUGUAAGUGCGCGAGCACGCGUCGUCGGACCUCUAAAGCCUUUCCUCCCUAACUCCCUCUCAACGUCCUUCACAAAUAGCUCUGUGUGAUAUAUGGAUGGGCAGACAGGCACAGCCUCGGCGACGGGGGAGGGAGAUAGGCAGCAAGUAGGUCCUCGAAACCCCGAUUGGCACAUUCUCGCAGUCAUACGCACACGCGUGCACUAACUAGGAUAAAACGCCAAGUUCUGGUAAAAUUGGCAAAUUUGCAGCGACGGGCAAACGGGGGUGUGAAUAUAUGACCGCCACGGAGAGUUAAACAUGGAAGAGGGGAGACUAGCUGGAGCUGGUGUGCCUUAGCAGGCGCUUGAAAAGUGGUGUGGAGGGAUAAUGUUGUUGUUGUUGUUGUUGUUGAUGAUGAUGAUGAUGAUGAUGAUGAUGAUGAUGAUGAUGACGCUGCUGCUGCUGAUGAGGAUGAUGAUGAUGAUGGUGGUGGUGGUGGUGGCGGCGGCGGCGGUGGUGGUGGUGCUGGUGGUGAUGAUGACGACGGCGACGACGACGACGAUGACGAUGUACGUGGCUGGUCUUGCAACCCUGCAAUUCGAAUGAAUUGGGGACAGUAA